CGAGGGAACCCACCACUUCCAGAAUAAGUCGGAAGCAAGACCUACAUAUAUACAGAAAGAUGUACCCGUGUGUGGCUUUUGUGAGCCUUUUUAUCGCCAUCUGGGCGGCCCCAGCUGCUUGGGCAAAGACUGAGGCCGAGAUUCUCCAAGAGAUCUUUGCCCGACCGGGCUUUGCCACGACCAAGCCUCCCGGUGAAGGACCGAAUGGAACCACGGAGGUUCAAUUUGGAGUGACACCCAUUUGGCUGGAGCUUUCUCCUAAGGGGGUGAUUAAGGGCAAGAUGUGGUACAAGUACAUGUGGACAGAUGAGCGAUUGACCUGGGAUGCCGAUCAAGCUAAAGGAUUGUCAUCAUUGAAAGUCAAUCCAACCCAGAUUUGGAUGCCCGAUAUUUUCCCAUACAACAGGUUUGCCUCUUACCACUCCAUGUUCUCCUACCUAUCGGAUGGAUCCGCUUCCAAUGCUUUAAUUAUGACCACUGGCUCCAUCAUCUUUGUGCCUGAGACUGCCGAGGAGUUCAUUUGUUCAGAUGUUAAUUUGGACGAUUUUUGGGGCGACCAAGAAUGCUAUUUCAAAUUCGGUUCGUGGACUUACGAUGGUAAUUUGUUAAACAUUGUCCCCUUUGAGGGCAAAACCGAGCUCGAUUUGGACGAAUACGACAAGUCAAGUCCUUUAUUGAUUAAGAAAAAUUCAAUCGAGCGAGUGGUCAAAUAUUAUCCGUGCUGUGCUGAUGAGCCAUAUCCUCAUUUGUUGAUGUCCCUCACUGUUCAACGGAAGUUUUAUGUCCAGGAUAAUGGCGUCGUCAUCCACAAUCCAAGACUCAAAAGCACGACCGAUAGUUGUGCUUGAAAACUGUGUCGAAGCAAAUUAUAAAGUUUUCUUCAAAUUCAUGCACCAAUUACAAACGAACAUGAUCAAA